AUGUGCUGUUGUGCUACCAGGAUGAGUUGCUGUGGCGGUACGGUCGCUGAGCACGAGGUAGUGCUCGACAAUACCGGCGACAUGGACGAGAUGCUUCCAGAUCAGCUCAUUCCAUCCGUUCCGCGAUCCGGCAACCUGCUGCUGGCUGCCAACAAAAUCGCCGAGAUUCAAGCACCGGCGGAAAUCCGAAGUAAGAUCACCUGGAGGCCAGGAGUUGACAUUUUCUUCGAUAAGAAGGAGAGCAGCAUCGAUUUGGUAAUGGAUUUACCCGGGUUCACCAAGGACGACGUGAGUGUCGAGGUCGGCGAAGGCCAACUGUUCAUCUCUGGGCCUCGCUCGAAGAAUGAGCUGAGAGAGAAAUACGGGGCAAAUUUGGUGCUGUCCAUCCAUGAGCGCCCCACUGGAUUCUUCUUCCGCUCCUUCCAGUUGCCACCGAACGCCGUCGAAGAUUCCGUCCGCGCAGUUAUGACAAAUGGAUUGUUGGAGGUUAAAAUCUCCUGCAUUCAAACCCACGAAAAGAAGAAGGUGGAGGUUUUGCUGCCGGGGGCAGCCCAGGGCGAGAAGGCCUCAAAAAAGUAAAACGACAUCAUGACGACGCAGAGGAAUGAGAAUCAUGGCCUUU